UAUCGCGUGUGCAUUAUAUAUGUGUAUAUACCCACAUUCAUUUAUGUAUCAAAAGUAUCUCUUAGUGCGAAAUCGAAAUCGGGUUAAUGUCCAAAACUUGUUAUGGCCAAAACGGACAAUGCAAAAGCCAAGAAAUACAAUCAAAAACCUGGGGGUAAAAAGCGAAGACCCAGAAAAGCUGAACAAAAGCCAACACAGAGAGGAAGAGAGAGAGAGAGAUCUUCCUGGUGCACCAGAAUGCCGCCUGCCAACUGGGGGAUAAAUAUAAGAAUGCAGCUGACCGAAAACAGAACCGCAUUGAGGUAUUGCCCGCAGACACAAACACACACGUUGCACAUUACAUAAACGCAAGAUGCACUCCAUGGGAUUCCUUGUGGCACUCUCCAUCUGCCUGCCACUACUGGCCCUGGGCUGGCCACACGCAGCUGCUGAAGCGGAAGCAGGCGCGACUCCAAGCACAGUCAGACCGAAGCUCAUCAUCGAGGAGGCGGAGGCGGAGCCGGAGUCAGAGCCGAUGAGAUAUCAGCUAAUCACCGAACACCGGCCGAUGACAUUGGGCCAGAACUAUUACAUCAAGCCCGGCCAGAUAGUGGGCAGCAUUAACCUGGCGUCGCCCAGCCUGCAUGUGCGGCAUGGCGAGGAGGAGAAGGUUGGUGGCAAACCCAUAGCCAGCAAGCACAACAUUCUCUUUGUGGCAUAUGCCAAGGAUGUGCACCAGAAAAGUCUGGCCUAGGAGUAGAUCACCGUCCCCAGAUAUACAUGCAUACUCGUACAUACAUAAUACAUACAGCAAAACGAUUUUUUUAAAUACACAAAUUCCAAGCGAA